AUGGGUGUUCUACUUCGACGUCGAGACUGCUAUCCCACCGUCAAUGGCGAAGUGUGCGAUGGCAGCACUUGGUAUGAUUGGGGUCGUUGGAUCGCGUUCGCAGUCAUUGUCGCUGUGGCGCUAAUCAUCUUCUUUCUCUUUGCAUGCUACAACGCCCGCCGUCGGCGCAGACAAGGGCUCCGACCUCACCCCGGCACUGCAUGGCUUGCCGGCCCUCCUCCGACCUUCCAACAGUCCCAGCAACAAGCACAGCAACAAGGUCAACGACCAUACUACGCAGACCCUUACUACCAACAACAACCGCCGCCCCAAUACACCCCUCAUCCGCAAGCUUAUGGUUACUUUGGAGGCCAGCAGACGGGAAUCGAGCUACAACAACCGCCGAACGCAUACCACGGUGGCGAACGGGUGUACCAGCCACCACCGGGUCCUCCUCCCGAGGGGGCUUCCAAGGUGUAA